GACGGAGGACCGGGGUCACAAGAGACGGCGUUUGGGCGUUCGACUUCAAUUCGGCGCGUCUAACCACGAGAGUCUCGCGCUUAAGCUGCUGAAGGUGUGUUUGGGUAGUAGGUUGGGUCAGUUGGGUCAACCUUGGUCUCUCUCUGAGGCAUUCCAGGGCGACCUGAGAUCACAGCUUUCUUGGGAGGUAUCGAGUGAUACACGGCAUCGGACUUAGGCGUGUUUGAGUUAAGCUCAACAUGUCUUCUCAGACUCCACGCACAUCUUUACGAGAGGGCUUGCGGCAGGCUCCCAAGGCUAACCAGCCAUUCAUUCCUGACACUGCUCCGGUCCGGCGGUCACAUACCCAACCAAAUCAAUCGCCGCAGCCCACAGCAAUGUCACAAACUCAUUCGAACUCGCCCGCACCGAAUUCGAACAGUUCGCAUUUCCCCACUGAGGCGUGGGACGGAAAAGAGCAGAAAGUGCCCAUGAACACACGCGAGGUAGCAACGCCAGGCAACCGGCCGGGCCUUUUUUUGAACCUACAUGGCAAGGUGCCAAAGCAACCUGACUUCUAUGACCCCUAUUUCCCCCUCAGAUACCUCGAGGUCCCGAAGUCGGACCAUAUCUAUAAACGUGCUCAUUAUGGGCUACAGUCCGGCAUUCCUGAUGAGGUCGAUUUCGCAUUGUACCACCUUGUUCAGAUUUCGAACCAGCGUUGGGACAAAUUCAAGUUUGAGGGGUUUCCAUUGCUUGCCGAGAUGUUGAUGGAAACGGCCAUUGAUGUUUCAAUAAUCUGCACGGGGGUCAAAUGGGAACUCCAGUACGAUUUCCGUCAACCUAUGGAGCGAGUCAAUGUGCUCAACUCGCUACAUGGAACACGCGAUCUGCUCGAGAGGAUCAGCAAGAUACCCGUCACGCUGCCCACUGACACGCUUGAAACGCGCGAGUUCAACCAUAGUUUACGGAAUGUCAAAGAGGCUACCCUAGUUCUCCGCAACAUGGUUCUGCUCCGAGAGAACGCGUUUUAUGUUUCGCGUUAUGCGAACGGCCUACUGAGGGACUUCCUAGUCAUACUGAUCAACCUCCCUAAUCAGCCCCGUCUCAACGAAAUCAGGAACGACGCCUUGGACAUCGCAGAAGAGGUCACCAAAUUUAUGCGAACCGAUCCGGAGGAUCCUCUUUGGAAUUCUCUGCUCAACUGCCUCGAGUCACCCGAUCGUGCCCACAUCGUCCGGGCGCUCUGGGCGCUCACACAUUUCUCAACCGAAAUAGACGAGCCCGAGGCAAAUCGCGCACUGGAGCGCAUGCCAAAACAAUCCUUACAACAGAUGUACUUCCAUACUCUUCUGGACUUGGACAAGGACAUACUGAGCGGGGCGCUCGACUUCUGGUAUCAAUAUACGCUCUCUCGCGAGAACAUCGAAACCAUGCUGGACAUCUUUGAUUUUCCCAGUGUUUUCGUCCCACGAAUGAUCGCUCUCCUGAUGCACGAAGCGCGACCUUUUAAGCAAGAGACCGUUCUACAGGAGGAGAAAGUCGCGCCCCCGCCAUCGGAGAUUCCCCGUGUGCCAGCGGAGCUUCUGAAAGAUCUGAUGGAGCUACAAGAGCCGGAGCGCAGCUCCCGCUGGCUGCGUUGCUGCUUUGUUGAGGACGCCGAGUGUGAAAUCACUCAAAUAGCUCUGUGGCAAGCGUACCAGAGCCGAUUCGCGGAUCCUCGAGUUCCGGGGGGUGGUGUCCUUCCCGCAGCCGAGUUCAUUAAGAAUGUCAGCACCACUUUUACCAACGCGCAAGCGCAGGUCAUCAACGGGCCUGGUGCGGCGACUCGGUUCAUCAUCAAGGGCAUCCGUCCUCUGGAGACGGCCUACACAUUCCAGGGAUUCCCCUACAUUUACUGCAAGUGGGCGGACAACUCGAAACCCAGCAAGACCUGCCAGCGUGCUUUCGCUACCCCGACCGACUUGCGCAACCAUGUAUUCUCAGACCACAUGGAACUCAAGGCCACGGACACGCCAGGCCACUAUAACCUGGACCAAGCCGAAACCCCGGUCCACACUUGUUCUUGGGACAACUGUACUCGGUUCCGCUCGUCAGGCCCCAGUGCCAAUACCGCCAUGGUAGCCGGUCAUGUAGCAUCACACUUGCCCGAAGAGCGCCCUGCUGAUGCCGAUGCCCCCGUUCCUAAGCGCGCCGUGCUUCAAGAGCGGAUCGUCCGCAAAUGGUACAAUAUGAACACGCCCACCAACGACAGGCAUGAACCCAUCGGCGUAGCCUACAAGGCCGCGCUAGUCCUGCGCAACAUAGCCAGGAACCUGCCAACCGGCAUGGCACAGAAAUACAACGGGCUCUCGUGGAAGAAAGCCGUGUUCCUCAGCCAUCGUCCGAAGAUCGUGGAAACGUGGGACCGGAACCGGUCGCUACGCAAGGAACUCACCGAGUUAAUCAUGAUAAUAGAGAAAGAGGAUUACUAUUGAUUGAAAUGAAUCUG